AUGCCAAAGCUUAGGCUAAGGUUUACCCCACUGGUGGUCUUCAGCUACUUACAAAUCGAUGCAGGAACCAAUAGAUAUCUCGCAACCAUGGCGACGGAUACUUCCAAGUAUAAGCUCAAUCACACCAUGAUCCGGGUCAAGGACCCGAAGAAGUCCCUGGAAUUCUACAAGUUCCUCGGACUUACUCAGAUUCAACAGCUCGAUUUCCCCGAAAACAAGUUUUCGCUCUACUUCCUCGCAUACAACGGCCCCAAGUCCCUGCAGGGUGACCGUCACUGGACGGACCGCAACGCUGUUCUGGAGCUCACCCACAACUAUGGCACAGAGAAUGACCCCAACUACAGCGUAGCUAACGGAAACGCGGAACCCCAUCGCGGCUUUGGUCAUAUUGCAAUCUCUGUUGACAACAUCGAAUCGGCCUGCAAGAGAAUUGAAGACGCUGGCUAUCCUUUCCAGAAGAAGCUCACUGAUGGACGCAUGAAGCACAUUGCUUUCGCCAAGGAUCCUGAUGGUUACUGGGUCGAGAUUAUCCGCCGUCAUAACGAGGAUGUGGGUACGACGACCGAUACCGCCAGCUACCGACUCAACCACAGCAUGCUCCGCGUGAAGUGCGCAGAGACAAGUUUGAAAUUCUACCAAGAAGUCAUGGGCAUGACCCUCUUGCGAACCUCUGAGAACAAGGAUGCCGGCUUCAAUCUCUAUUUCUUGGGAUACGCUGCCGGGAACCCCAAAGUGCUGGAGGACGCCAAGAAUCCCGUGGCCGAGUGGGAAGGUUUGCUCGAGCUCACCUGGAACUAUGGAACGGAGAAGCAAGAAGGGCCUGUCUACCACAACGGCAACGCUGAGCCACAAGGUUUCGGCCAUAUCUGCGUUUCUGUUGACGAUCUCAAUGCCGCCUGUGAUCGCUUCGAAUCAUUGAAUGUGAACUGGAAGAAGCGGUUGACUGACGGCCGGAUGAAGAACGUGGCCUUUGUGCUGGACCCCGAUGGAUACUGGAUCGAAGUGAUUCAGAACGAGGCACUUAAGCGCACCAGCAAUUGGUAA